AUUUUCUCGUUAUUCCCGUGCGCACUACUCUUCUCAAUAAUCAACUAAUUCAGAAAAUCACAGCUUCCUUCCUUCCUUCCUUCCCUUCGAUCCGCCAUAUCUGCGUUUCCCCUCUCCUCCCCCCCACCGUCGUUCCAGAUCCAGUUCGGCGGCCAUGGCGAGGGCGUCUCUCGCUCGCGGACUCCUAUGGAUCUCCGUCCUCGCUUCCGUCUUCUCCCUCCCCGCUCGCUCCUUCUACCUCCCCGGCGUCGCCCCCGAGGAUUUCCAUACGGGGGAUGAAUUGAAGGUGAAAGUAAACAAAUUGACUUCCACGAAGACGCAGCUUCCGUACUCGUUCUAUUCCCUCCCAUUGUGCCGUCCGGGGAAGAUUGUCGAUAGUACUGAGAAUCUCGGGGAGGUUCUUCGCGGUGAUCGCAUCGAGAACUCUCCCUACGUGUUUAAAAUGAGGGAGCCGCAAAUGUGCAAGAUUGUAUGCCACACGAAGCUCAACGAGAAGACCACGAAGGCGUUCAAGGAAAAGAUAGAUGACGAGUACCGGGUCAACAUGAUAUUGGACAAUCUUCCUUUGGUUGUACCGAUUCCAAGGCUCGAUCAGGAAAAUUCUGUAGUGUAUCAACAAGGGUUUCAUGUUGGUUUGAAAGGGCAGUAUGCUGGAACCAAGGAUCAAAAGCAUUUCAUCCAUAAUCACUUAUCAUUUACCGUCAAGUACCACAAAGAUCUUCAGACCGAUUCUGCAAGGAUUGUAGGGUUUGAGGUCAAACCAUACAGUGUCAAACAUGAGUAUGAGGGAGAAUGGAAGGGCGAGAACACCCGUCUAACAACAUGUGAUCCUCAUGCAAAACGAGCAGUUACCAGCUCCGAAACUCCUCAGGAGGUUGAGAAUAAGCAGGAUAUAAUUUUCACGUACGAUGUCGAGUUCAAGGAAAGUGACGUGAAGUGGGCGUCUCGUUGGGACACCUAUCUUCUAAUGGCCGACGAUCAGAUCCAUUGGUUCUCAAUCGUCAACUCAUUGAUGAUUGUCCUUUUCCUCUCAGGCAUGGUAGCCAUGAUAAUGCUGCGGACCCUUUACCGGGACAUCUCCAAGUACAAUCAACUCGAGACCCAGGAAGAAGCUCAAGAAGAGACAGGCUGGAAGUUGGUCCAUGGAGACGUCUUCAGGCCUCCAUCAAACUCCGACUGGCUCUGUGUCUAUGUCGGAACUGGGGUUCAGUUCUUCGGGAUGCUCCUUGUCACCAUGAUCUUUGCUGUUCUAGGUUUCCUCUCACCUUCUAACCGUGGUGGGCUGAUGACUGCCAUGCUCCUGCUCUUCGUGUUCAUGGGCCUCUUUGCUGGUUAUGCUGCGACUCGCCUCUUCAAGAUGUUCAAGGGCACAGAAUGGAAGAAGAUAGCACUCAAAACCGCUUUCAUGUUCCCUGCCACCGUCUUUGUCGUGUUCUUCAUCUUGAACGCCUUGAUCUGGGGCGAGAAGUCGUCGGGGGCAGUGCCAUUCGGGACCAUGUUCGCUCUGGUCUUCUUAUGGUUUGGAAUAUCAGUCCCACUAGUCUUCGUCGGCGGCUACCUGGGUUUCAAGAAGCCUGCCAUCGAAGAUCCCGUGAAGACCAACAAGAUCCCGAGGCAGAUCCCAGAACAAGCGUGGUACAUGAACCCUGCAUUCUCGAUCCUGAUCGGAGGAAUCCUCCCCUUCGGGGCCGUCUUCAUCGAGCUAUUCUUCAUCCUCACCUCGAUCUGGCUGCACCAGUUCUACUACAUCUUCGGAUUCCUGUUCAUCGUCUUCGUCAUCCUCAUCAUCACCUGCGCCGAGAUCACGGUCGUGCUCUGCUACUUUCAGCUCUGCAGCGAGGACUACCUGUGGUGGUGGAGGUCGUACCUAACAGCAGGUUCGUCCGCUCUCUAUCUAUUCCUAUACGCUGCCUUCUACUUCUUUACCAAGCUCGAGAUCACGAAACCGGUUUCGGGGAUCUUGUACUUCGGUUACAUGCUGAUUGGGUCGUACGGUUUCUUCGUCCUCACUGGUACCAUCGGUUUCUACGCUUGCUUCUGGUUCACGAGGCUCAUUUACUCGUCCGUAAAGAUCGACUGAACAUUGAUGAUAUAUACAUGGGGUUUGUUACUUGUUAGUUAAGUUAGUUCACAAUGUUAGAGAGGCAAGAGGCAAACGUUUUCUCGAGGGUUGGGUAGUAGAAGAGAGUGUUGGAAUACUGUUGUUAUUAGUCUACUCCUGAGGUCUUACCCCUCCUGUUUUGAGCUCAUCUCAGAAACCAAACAAGGGGAAAGCAAGAAAUUUUACAGUAAAAUCUCGAAUCUGGAAUUUAUCUACACGGAUUGUUUUGUUCUACAGGCGUACGUUUAUGAUUAUGGUGUAGUUUCCUAUUCUUUGAUGUGUUGUUGCUAUUUUUGCAAUGUACUCUCUAAUCUUUGCAUCUUGUGAUAUAUCAAUUGAAAUAGAGGAUAACAAUGGUGCCAUUAUCUUA